GCCUGCGCGGUCGCCGGGACUCUCCACCUCCGCUACCACUCCCCCUUAUCCCCCCCGCGGGGGCUUCGGCCCGGCGGGACCAUGUUCACCAGCACCGGCUCAAGUGGGCUUUACAAGGCACCUCUGUCGAAGAGUCUUUUGCUGGUCCCCAGUGCCCUGUCCCUUUUGCUGGCUCUCCUCCUGCCUCACUGCCAGAAGUUCUUUGUAUAUGACCUCCAAGCAGUCAAGAAUGACUUCCAGAUUUGGAGGUUGAUAUGUGGAAGAAUAAUUUGCCUUGAUUUGAAAGAUACUUUCUGCAGUAGCCUGCUUAUUUAUAAUUUUAGGAUAUUUGAAAGAAGAUUUGGAAGCAGAAAAUUUGCAUCGUUUUUGCUGGGCUCCUGGGUUUUGUCAGCCUUGUUUGACUUUAUCCUUGUUGAAACCAUGCAGUAUUCAUUUGGUAUCACUGCAGCCAGCAAUUUGCCUUCUGGAUUCCUGGCACCUGUGUUUGCUCUGUUUGUACCAUUUUACUGCUCCAUACCAAGAGUCCAAGUGGCACAAAUUCUGGGCCCGUUAUCCAUCACAAACAAGACAUUGAUUUAUAUAUUGGGACUACAGCUUUUCACCUCUGGUUCCUACAUCUGGAUUGUAGCCAUAAGUGGACUUAUUUCUGGCAUGUGCUAUGACAGCAAAAUGUUCGAAGUUCAUCAGGUGCUCUGCAUCCCCAGCUGUGUGGCAAAGUUUUUUUCUUGGACACUUGAGCCCAUCUUCUCAUCUUCAGAACCUACCAGCGAGGUCAGAAUUGGCAUGGGAGCCACAGUGGACAUCCAGAGACAGCAGAGAAUGGAGCUGUUAGAUCGGCAGCUGAUGCUCUCUCAGUUUGCUCAAGGGAGGAGACAGCGACAGCAGCAGGGAGGAAUGAUCAGUUGGAAUCGUCUUUUCCCUCCUCUACGUCAGCGACAAAAUAUAAACUAUCAGGAUGGUCAGCAGUCUGAGCAACAAGCAUCCCCUCCUCUAGAGGUUUCGGAAGAACAGGUUGCCCGGCUCAUGGAGAUGGGAUUUUCCAGAGGUGAUGCUUUGGAAGCCCUGAGAGCUUCAAAUAAUGACCUCAAUGUGGCCACCAACUUCCUGCUGCAGCACUGAUGGUCCCAGGUUGACACCAGGACCAGCCCAGCUGCUGAAAUGACAGUGGCGUGAUCCCCGCCACCCAGCCAGCCAUGAGGACCAAUCAGGCCCUGGUGCUGAUGUCCUCAUGGGGAGAGGGGCGUCCCCACCACACCCCGUCCUUAACUUCACGAUUGUUACCGUUAUAGUAUCUAAAUAAGUUUGCCGUUAAAUUGGCCUGUAUUUUCUCUCUUUAUUUUUUUAUUGGGCAUUUUCCUUAGUUUGGAGAAUCAUCUCUUAUUCCUAAUGUGUUUUAAAUGGAUUGAAAUUGCAGAUUUCUGCAGGCAGUUGCAUAGCUGUCCAGGUGGGGAACUGCCACUGUUGCCACAACUUCUUCUUACGCAGUUCAUUGUCCUGCAACCAUCUGAUCUUAUCAUCGUGGAGGGGAAAAGCAGUGUUGUCUCAGAAAGCACAUAUCAAAUUAUUCCUGAUGGACUUUUUAAAUCGCUAUUCUUUUUUCUCAAGCUUGUUUCCGGGCCCCAGUGGCUGUUCAGGAUCUGCACUUCCUAGGGGACGAGCAGUCUCAGCCAGGCCUGGGUGCUGAGGGAGAAGCAGGGAGCCAAGUGUCCUCCACACUGCUCCAGCCCAUUCCAGUGCGGGGAAUUUUCCCCAACUCGUCCUCCCCACUUCCAUUAAAAAAUGAUGAAAGUAAUCAAGUACUGAUUUGAGAUUCUGGAAUACUCCAUGACACUUAACUGGGGUUAAUUUUGCUCAGAUCUGCAGAGGUAGCCACUCAGGCGAGGGGGUGAAAUGGGACAAGAGAACAGUGCACCUCCUGGAGCCAUGCAGGGCUGACUAGGGAACUCGGUGGCUAGCCCAGUGCGACGAGGAAAUACCUUGCCCGACCCCCUGUCCACUGCAGGGCUGACCUGCCUGGCCCUCCCUGCCUGCAUCCAGCCUGUCUGGCAGCAGGCUCUCCCCGGACCCCAGUCAUAGUUCCCCAGCAGUGGGCGACAGAGCAGACUGCAGUGGAGGCCGAUCGGGAGAGGGUGAAGGCAGGAGGAGGGCUGCCGUGUGCAGGAAAGACCUGAAGCAGGUGGACUGUUGCCAUGUAAGGAACCGUGCAACUGUUAUGUUCUGCAAAAUGAGCAGCAGUGUAUCAAAUUGAUGCAAAUUUAGAUGUGUGAUACAAUAAAGUUUUUAAUGUGUUUUACUUUUCAA